AUGGACAAUAAAACAUUACCAACAUAUUUUUAUUUCACAAUAUUUAAGAGUUACGAAAAUGGAAGACCAGUGUAUUUUCUGUUAACAAUAUUAGUGUACUUUCUCAUCGUUCUUUUCAAUGUGACUAUCCUGCUGGUUGUAUUGAAGGACAAGUCUCUUCACGAGCAACCCAUGUAUCUGUUAAUGUGUUGCCUGCUAUUCAACUCUCUGUACGGCAGCUCUGCACUGUUUCCAAGACUUUCUGCUGAUCUUCUAUGGACUACUCAUGCCAUAUCGCGCCCAGCAUGUUUCACACAAAUAUUUGUUAUUUACACUUAUGGGGUUUCUGAAUACACGGUACUAACUGUUAUGGCAUAUGACAGAUAUGCGGCCAUAUGUGCUCCUUUGCAAUAUCAUACUAUCAUGACACAAAGAAAGACAUUUCUGCUUAUUUUCUGUGCUUAUUCCUGGUCGUUUUUUUGUUUGAGUGUUGCGAUUUACCUCUCUUCAAGGCUACCUCUGUGUGGUAAUCGGAUACCACGAGUGUAUUGCUCGAAUUGGUCUGUGGUAAGGCUUUCCUGUGUGUCUACUGUCGCUAAUAACAUCUACGGCUAUUUCACUAGUUUGACUACAUUGGUUAUGCCUGUCGUUUUCAUAUUGUUCACGUACAUCAGGAUUCUCAUUGUCUGCAGAAAAAGCACAGCAGAGCAUAGAGGCAAAGCCCUGCAAACAUGUCUACCGCACAUUGUCAGUUUUGUCACCUAUUCAUUUGCAACAUUUUCUGAUAUUGCAAUCAGUCGGUACGAGCCUGGAGAAAUUAUAAAUACCUUGGCUUUGGUGAUUUCUCUUGAAUUUAUUGUGAUUCCGCCUUUACUAAAUCCACUGAUGUACGGCCUAAAUUUACCAGAUAUCCGAAGGAAAAUUCUAAGCAUGAUGAUUUCAUUCAAACUCGGUUUAAGUUUAUAG